AUGAUGAAACCCAUCACUGAAAUUAUUACUUGUUCACUUCAAUCAUCUCCUGUUGUCAACAAUUCAUGUUCGUCAUCAUUCACUUUUAUUCCAUAUCCCAUCACGAAAUCAUCUCAAACUCUCUAUUAUUCUCUUCAGAGUUUAUCAAUAUUAGAUUGUUCACAUAAUUCAAUUUUAAAUAAUUUAUUAGAAAAUCAUCAAAUUAAUAUUAAAUUAUUUAUUAAAUUAUUAUUAGAUCAUGAACAAGCAAAACAUCAUGGAGAUGAUCAUUAUUUAGUUUAUCAUUUAAAUGGAAUGCAAUUUGAAAUACAACAAUAUUUUACAUCAAGUAUUGAAUUGAUAUUAGAAAUUAAUCAAAUGAAUGGUUUUGAUUAUAAUAUUUCACAAAUGAUUAUGAAUCAUUGUAAAGAUAUUAAAUUGUAUUGUAGUGCUCUUUCAUAUAUGGUUUCAAAUAGAAUAUCAUCACUAUCCACGGAAAGAUCAUCCUGGAGUACGGACAUGUCUAGAUAUUCCUUACAACCAUCAUCACCAUCAUCAUCACUUGAUCACAUCAUGGAUACAACACCUUCUCCAACCAUUAAUAUUGAUAAAUAUAUGAAACAACGACAUAAAUUAUUUUCUAAAUUUGAUGAAGGUAUUCAAUUAGAUACAACUUCAUGGUAUGAAGUGACACCAGAGACUAUUGCAAAAUAUAUUGCAGAAAAAAUUAAUUCUAUAGGCCAUGAGACACAUUCCACUACUGGACAUUCUACUACAGCACAUUCUCAUUCUCCUAAUCUUCAUUCUCGUCACAAGAUUAUUGUCAUUGAUGCAUUUACAGGAUGUGGUGGUAACAUGAUACAAUUUCUAUUACAACCAAAUAUAGAUCUAGUGAUUGGAUGUGAUAUCUCUGAUACUAAAUUAGAAUAUUGUAGACAUAAUAUCACUGUGUAUGGAUGUAAUGAAAGUAAAAUGAAAUUGGUUCAUGGAGAUUAUAUGGAACAUUUGAAAAGAGGAACAUUUUUAAAGAUGAUUCAAGACUAUGUUAAUGAUCAUUUCUCAAUGCAAGAAAAUAUUAAUGAUCAUUUCUCAAUGCAAGAACAUUCCACAAUGAAGAGAGAGAAUGAAUUGAAGAAUUCCAACAUGAUCAUUAUUGCAUUUCUAGCUCCACCUUAUGGUACCAUGAAUUAUCUCUCUACUAUUUAUAAUUUAAAAACAGAUCUAUUAAUUAAUAAUAAUACUCAUAAUGGUAUUGAUAUCUAUAGAUAUACGAGAGAUUAUUUAACAAGAAAUAUCAUUUAUUUGUUACCAAAGAAUGUAAAUAUCAAGCAAGUGAGUUAUCAAAUUGAGAGAAGUUGUAAUAGUUGUGGUAGUGGUGGUAGUAGUACAAUACAACAAGUGAGUGAAAGUUUUGAUCAAAUUGAGAAAAGAACAACUAGUAGUAGUGAGGAGGAUAGUAGUGAUCAAACAAAAGAAUCCACGUAUCUAGAUUUUGAAUAUAUUUACAUGGAUGAUGUCUAUUUAAAGUUAAUAUUCAUGUAUACGAGUGAAUUGAUGGAACAUGUCAAUCCAUCAUCUCAAUAG